GCAGCGUUCGUCCGCAGGGCCGCCGCCUCGCCGGCCGCGCCCGCCGCGCCGGCGGCCGCUGCGUCGGCCGGCGCGGCGCUGUUCGGGGCGAUGGCGGCGGCUGGGCAGCAGGCCGCGGCCGCCAGCGCAGUGCCGGGCGGCGCGGGUGCCGCGGCGGGGGCGCCCGCGGAGGGGCUGUGGGCCGUGGCGGCGUGCCUCGGCGCGGGAGGGGUCCUCUUCGCGUUCGGCGCCACCGGGGCAGCGGCACGCGCAGCGGCGGGUGCGCGGGCGCUGCUGCGUCACCGGACCUGCGGGGUCCCGCUCUGGGCCUUCUUCGGCGCCAACCUGGUGCUGACGGUCGUCGGGUACCAGGUGGACCACCUGGACGGCCCCGCAGGAGCAGGAGCGACCGCGUUCUUCAUCGACAACAAGGCACGCAUGACGAUCCCAAGCGGCUUCGGCGACCAGGCCGCCUUCGCCCUCAAGAUUGGCCUCCUGCUUUUUUCCUUGUGCAUCGAGUACAGCAUCCUCUUCUCGCCGCCCGCCAGCAGGGAGGAGGCCGAGAAGGCGGAGCGGCGAGGCAGCCUCCGCGAGUGGGCCUGCAUGCUCUGCGGCGCCGUCUUCGUCGGGCGCGUCGUCGUGGAGAUGGUGUUCUUCUGGAACAGGCAGAUCCCCUGGGUGGAGGUCUUCGCGGAGGCUGGCGGCGUGAUCCCGCUGUCCCUCGCCUCCAUGGCCUACGGGGCCGCGGCGCGGCGCGGCAAGCCGACGGCCGCAUCGGAGUUGCUGGCCCUGCCCGUCUUCUUCAUCGGGGCGUACCUGAAUUUUGCCCCGGAGUACGACAGGUUCGUCUGGAAGGGCGACCCCACGAACAGAGGCCACUUGUACACCGAGGGCUGGUUCGGCAUAUGCCGGCACCCGAACUACUUCGGCGAGGUGCUGUCCUUCGUGGGCUUUGCCCUGGCCUCCUCGGCCUGGUGGAACAUCUGGGUGCCGGCGGUGAUGGGCGUCGGCCUGGCCUUCUUCAGCGUCCCGGAGCUGGACACCUAUCUGAGCCAGAGGUACGCGGUGGAGUGGGCAGCGUACGCCGAGAGGGUGACCUGCCAGAUGGUGCCCUUCGUCUGGUGA